UGCGAUUACUAUUUUGAUAUCAAUUUUGGAAUAUUUUGUCAAAGACAUGUGAUAAUCGAAGUGUUAUUAGCGUACGAAGUAUGGCUACAGCACAAUCAGCAACUGUGUCUGCCAGUGAUACUAUUUUGGAGCAUGAACAGCCACCAGAUCCUCAUAGUCCAACAUUAAGGCUGAAGUUAAGAAAACCAAAGAAUGAUAAUUCCAAGAAGGUGAAGUGGACCACAGAGACAGUUGAUAAUGAACAUAUGAAUAAGAAAAAGUCAAAAUGUUGCUGUCAAUAUCAAAAACCUAGGAUGUUUGGGGAAUCGUCAUCUGAGGAUGAAGACGACUGUAAUAGCUGUAGUGGACACAAGGACAAAUGCUACCGAGCUGGGGAUAACCAAGCUGCUCCAGGGAAUGGAUCACUUGAAAGGGGAAGUUCAGAACAUUGACCACCAUAUUAAAUUCUAGUGAAUGAUUCUUGAACAAAGUAACCAGCUGUUUAACUGUGAUGACUUUGACACGACGGUUUUCAGAAAACUGUUUACAAGAUAUUGAGGCAUGUCUGUGAUCACUGGAAAGAAUGUUUCAGAGGAACUCAAAUUCAUAUCUUGUAGGUGUUUUCAGAACCUCUGUUUCCUGACACUGUGGUUUUUAGUUACUUGUAUGAUUUCAUGACAUCCCAACAUUUACUGUUGUUUGUUGAAAAAAGUCUUUGUUGAUUUCUACACAAUGUUUUCAGCAUUAAUUUUGAUCAAAAGGAAUCACUGUGCCAACACUAAGGUGAGAACAACAUGGAGAUGUUGAAAGUGUGUUGAUCACGUCAUAUCUAGUGUUAAUGUUGACAUGACCAUAAUAUCAAUUGAGUUUUAAGUACUCAAAUGGUAAAUAUGGUAUUUGCUGAUAGUCAUUUUUCUUCCUUAAUUUAUUAGUGUUGCUGUUUAUACUUGGCAGGUUAAUCAGUAUAGUGUAUUCAAUCCAUGUAGACACUGAAGUUUCUCUGCAACAAUCACAAUACUGAUAUUCAACUAAAAAAAAAAAAGGCUUGUAAGCUUGAUAUAAUCCAUUGAUGGAUCUGUAUACUUGUUUCGGUCUACAUUUUGAAUCUUCAAUUGUUUCAAUAUUGCAAACACAAAUAUAUUUUGAAACAGUCAGCAGUAGGCUAUGUUAGAUAGGAGUGAUCUGUUUUACAGGAGUUUACACAGUAUUCAAGGUUUUACAUUAUAUAUGUACAUGAUGUUUAUGUUCUCAGGCCUUGUGCUAUAUGUAAACAUGUACCUCAUAAUGGAAAAAAAUAGUAAAUUGUGAAAGUAUUUAACUGUAUUGUGUCAUGGAAUCCAUGAUUAUAUAUACAGAUGCUUUGUAGAAUAAUGUUCAUAAAAAAUAUGAAAAAAAGUGAAAUUGAAGAUCUUUCUAUUGAAGAUUAAGAUAUGAUUGUGACAAAUAGCUGGAACAUAGUAUCAGAGGUAAAUGUACACAUCAGUAUAUAAUAUGUGUGUGUAUUGUUUCAACAUAAUGUUUGAUCUUUAUAUCCAUGUCAUCUGAUAUUGUUUGUCUUGUAAUUUUUGCAAAUGAUUAAAUGUUCUAGAUUAUUCUUGUAA